CCGCACGUGAUUUCCAGAGCCAAAAACCCAUGCCAUUCUGAACACAAAUAUAAUGAUCAACUCACCAUUGUGCACUCGGCUACUGCACCUCAAACAUUUAAAAUUACCUGAAGAAGCCCUGUGAGAUGACUCCCCCAACCAAAGCUGGAAAAGCGUCUCGCAUUACAAUCGCUUGCAACGCCUGUCGUUUCCGGAAGCAAAAGUGUAGCGGCAAAAAGCCAGUGUGUACGCAAUGCCUCCAGCACAAUCGAGUAUGCGAUUGGCCCGAGCAGCUUAAACGUGGCCCCGCGAAGGGAUACAUAGAGUCCCUAGAGCACCGUCUACAUGAAACAGAAACCGUGUUGCUGAAAGUACUCUCUCGGAUCUCGGACGCUCAAUUGUCCUCCAGUAUAAACCAGGAUAGGCAGCAUAAAACCAGGAGGAGUACUGGAGAUUUGUUAUACUCCCCAUACCCUCGACUGGGGAAAAGAGGGGCAGAGUACUGGAAAAGAUUCCCUCUGGACACUGCCCACAAUGUUCGGGAAUGGCAGUAUGAUUGUCUAAGUCACCCGAGGUCUGCUCUAGUCAACCAAGACCUGCGCCCAUCGACCUCCGGCUCUUCUGACAACAACACUACUCUUCUGUCAUCGGGGACUGGGCUUACUGGGGAAACAAUUCCUGGGCCUAAUGAACAACGUGAGCCGUCCGAAUACCAAUCUUCGGACAUAUCUCGCACUGAUGUGCCUGCCGAUCAACGUGAUGAAAACAAUGAAGCAUUAUCUCCGGAUUCUGCUAGUCCGUCAACGUGUAACGUCGCUAGGGUAUCAGGAGCACCGCGCUUAGAGAAACCCAUUCGAUCAAUCCAGAAGGAUACUGGGCCUCGGGCGAUGAGUUAUGUGGCCCAGUCCCAACUAGAGAUCGCGGAAGGGCUCAAUAACAUACCACAGGAACCAAAUAUCUGGAGCGGAGCUCCCUCGGUACACUUUCAACGACAGUUUCUUUGGUAGUCCAGAGCUUGAGUGUACAAUUCUGCAGCGACAUGGGAGUUACGGCGACGGCAUAAUGUUAUGGCUGAUAUAUUAGUGGCUAUUAAGGGUCCAAAUUCAAAUUCAAACUUC